UUAGCCUUAAGUUGGUUUCUUUUCUUCAUUUUAGAACGUGCUACCGACAGUGGAAAUUUAGCUGUAGAUUGGACAAUUGUUUUGGAAAUAUGUGAUGCUCUAGGUGAAACCGAUGAAGGACCACGAGAUGCGAUUCGGGCUAUUCGAAAACGUUUGACAUCCUCAGCUGGAAAGGACCACAUCAGCAUCUGGUAUACCCUCAUUCUUAUUGAGGCCUGUCUCAAAAACUGUGGACGUCGUUUUCAAGCUCAAGUCGCCAAUCGUGAUUUCCUUCACGACCUCAUUAAGGUUCUACUCCCUAAACACAAUCCUCCCAUUCAACUCCAAACAAAGAUUCUUUAUAUGAUUAAGGUGCGGUUUCCAAUAUUUUUUUAA